UUUACGUAGUGAGCCUCGCGCCGCGGCCUAGACGCGCGUCUGUACCCGCCUUUAAAUACACCACCGAAAUUCGAACGCAUUUUAUUUAUUUCGCGACACAGUUAAGGUGAAUUAUUAAUUAUCAGUUUCGAAUUUAACAGUGAUUUAUUUUUGUUUUUUUUUCUGAUUUAAAAAAGGAAGUUCUGUCAAGUUUUUUUUUAAUGAAAUUUGUUGGAAGUGGAUGCUUGACUUUUCCCGGGAUUGCUAUAGCAACGGAUGACGUCAAGUUCAGGGGCGGUUGGUGCAUUUUCGUUCGAUAAUCACCCUUCGUGCUGCUUUGUUCCAGUUUCAUUUUUGUUUACAUUUUGGAUAAAAAGGGGCUGACCGAGCGGCGAACAGUACGAAUGCUGUUUUAUGGGGAAGUGCACUCACAGCAGUCAUGAGUUUGAUGGCGAUAGUCAAGUUCGGAUACACCAUAGUGGUGGUAUCCUUCCUGUUAAUGAUAUGGGCCUCUUUAGCGAGAGCGUUGGAAUUGCAUGUCGACACGGGGCAUCCGCCAUGUUUGUUCCAAGCAUUGUGCACAUGUUCGAAGCCGGCUGGUGACCUUGGCAUUGUGACUUGCAAGUACGUGCCCAUACUCCGAGUACCAGCUGCAGUUAACAGCUCGAAGGUGUUCACGUUACAACUUACUGGGAACAAAAUAAGGGAUCUGGAACCUCAGUUCUUUCAGGCUACUGGUUUGUACAGGCUAGCAAUAAACAAGAACCCGUUGGAGAGUAUCCAUGAAGAAGCGUUUUAUGGCCUCGAUAAUACGCUAUGGGAAUUAGAACUGAAACAAGACAAACUGACGUCGGUGCCGAGCCGUGCGUUACGAUAUCUUCAGAAGCUACGGCUGCUUGAUUUAACUGGUAACGAAAUAACAGAUAUAACUGGAGACAACUGGCUAGGUUUGGAAAACACUCUGCAGACACUCAUUCUAGCCGACAAUUCCAUAGCCAGUUUGCCCCUGGACGCGUUCUCUGGAUUGCCGAUGCUCGAAACAUUGGAUUUACAUGGGAACCAUUUAUCUGUGAUCGACAGCGGGGUCUUUAGAGAUGGUAUGAGCAGACUUAGCAAGCUUCUCCUUGGAGACAAUCAGCUCACGUUGAUUCCUUACGAGGAGCUGUCCCCGCUGCGACAGUUACGUGUUCUAGAUCUUUCAAAUAAUCUUAUUAAGCAGAUACCUCCAGCACACGAUUUGAACGGUGUCAAACUAUCAUUGGAUCUUUUAAAAUUGGAUGAAAACAAUAUAAGGAUUAUACUACCAGGUUCGUUCAAGCAUUUUAAUGUGUUGAACACCACGAGUCUUGAUGGGAAUCCAAUAUACUCAAUACGAGAGGACGCUUUCCGCAAUGCAAAGAUUAAAUCGUUGUCACUCCGUGACUGCGGAAUCUCGGAGUUGUCUCCAGCAUCCUUCGCUGGUCUCGAGAGUAGCCUUCAGAGCCUCGACCUGUCUGAGAAUAACUUGACAAUGAUUUCAAAAUCCAUGCUGAACAAAUUGGACUCGUUGCGAUUCUUGAACCUGAGAGAGAAUAAGGUGGACACAAACUUACUUGCAACGAACAACCCGCCAGACCAGUUUCAAUCACCAGCAUUUAAUAAUUUUCAAUUCAAGCUAUUUUUUUUGGACAUAAGUGGUUCAUCUUCUUUGGAAAUGAGUUUACAAGAUGUGAGAAGAAACGAGUCUGACAUUGAAUUUUGCCGCUAUCAAAGCAAGAUGCGCUCGCUUCGAUACUUAGCAGUUAGUAAGUUAAUACGACGGAGUAUAACUGCAGAAGAUUUUCUUGAAUUUGGUGUAGAGUUAGAAGAUCUCAAAAUUAUUGGAAGCACGAUUAAUAGAAUCGAAGCUAGUGCAUUUCAACACGUUCGUUCUAUAAAAACGUUAGACCUCUCAGAAAACAAUAUCGAGUACAUUGAUCCAUACGCUUUUGCUGAGCUACAUAGCUUAACUGGGUUGAAAAUGGCGAAUGGUUUGGCAGAUUCUGUAAAAAUAUUACCGUUUGAACCAUUAAAGGCUCUUAUUGAGUUACAAAAUCUAGACAUGAGCAAUAACAAACUGAAAAAUGUACCUGAUACGUCCUUCCACUUCUUGUAUAAAUUAAAAACGCUUAAUUUGCAAGAUAACUUUAUUGAACAUUUUUCAAAAGGAACCUUACAGACUGAUAUUCAUCGAGAGUUAGAAAGUGUAUGCUUAUCGAUGAAUCAAAUGCAAAGGAUUGACCAACAUACUUUCGUAAACUUAAGAGAGCUUCAGGAAAUUUUGAUAGAGGACAAUUUAAUAGAAACAGUUCACAGAAGGUCAUUCACAAGUUUAGAUAACUUGAAAAUCAUCAGGUUGAGAGGAAACAUCAUAACUGAAAUAAGUGAAGAAGCUUUCCAGAAUUUACCAGCUUUGAAAGAGUUGGAUAUAUCAUUUAAUCAAUUAGAAACGUUCAAAUUCUCAAUAUUUGACCAAGUGGGAUCUGCUACAGCAUUAAAAGUCAAUGUUUCGUACAACAGAAUAAUUUCAUUAACAGAUUCGAAUGCUCCAAACUUCUAUUCAUCGAACUUCUAUCCUUUACCAAAAGCGCAGAGAUUAGUAUCUGAGGAUGCCAGUCCUCAACGUAUAGAAAGAGGAUUAGUAUCUGAGGAUGCCAGUCCUCUACGUAUAGAAAGAGGUAUCAGUACUGUGUCUGUUAAUAUCAGAGUAAUGGAUUUAUCACAUAACAACAUUUCUUAUAUUGCACCUUAUUACUUCAGACAUGCAGAUUUAACCUUAUCAGAACUCUAUCUAUCCCAUAAUCUGAUAAGAAAUAUAACAAGGGAAGUAUUCGGUUCUAUGCUUAUGUUGCAAUAUUUGGAUUUGUCACAUAAUCAAAUAUACCAUAUGGAGUAUGAUUGUUUCAAGAAAGUGAGAAAUUUACAGAUUAUAGAUUUAUCGCAUAAUCAUUUAAUUGAUAUGCCGGUAGAAGUAUUCCACGAUAUGCACGGACUGACUUCAGUUGAUCUUUCCGACAAUAAUAUCAAAAACAUAGUUGAUAAUCUUAUUAUUUCCCCGGCAUUAGAAAGGUUAGAUCUUUCUGAUAACGAUCUGUCAAGAAUACCGACAAAUUGUCUAUCUCCUGCAGCGGCCAUCAAUUUGGUUGAACUGGACCUGAGCGGAAACAACAUACCGGCAGUGGCUAUCGCAGAUCUGGUCCAAAGAUUCCGACACGAACCGGGCGACUACUGGCCGGAGGAGCCCGACUACAGCGAUGAAUACAUGUACCACACCGCUAGGCGAGAUCACACCAGAGUGUUCCAUCAAAAAAAGCAAUACCCGCAGAAUAUUUUGUUUAAGUCUCUGGCCUGGAUGGACCUUUCUGACAACCAUUUGGUGCGAGUUGAAAGUGGUUCAUUUGCGGCAUUGCCUAGACUCCGUUGGUUGGAUUUGGGCAUGAACACGCCUUUCCUCAACGGUGAACGCGGUGGCAGUAUUUUCAAAGGACUGGAAAGAAGAUUAUCUCAUUUGGGCCUCAGAAACGUCAGCUUGACUAAUGUUCCAUCAAUGCCAUUACCAAAACUGAAAAGUUUGGAUUUAUCAUACAACAAUCUCCCAUCGGUGCCAACAGACAUAACGGCAAAUUUGACCCGCCUACGUACCCUGGACCUUUCAUACAAUGACUUGACAACAGUACCUGUGGCCACACACUCCUUAAGUGAUCUUCGUUGGCUGUCUUUGUCUGGUAAUCCUAUCCCAGCUCUGAUGAACACAAGUAUGUAUGGAGUAUCCCCGCGCCUUGAAUAUCUUGAUGUAACACAUUUACGUCUGAAUAUUCUGGAGCAUGGCGUGUUCAGCAAAAUGUACGGCCUAAGGACUUUAAAGAUUUCUGUUAAUGGAAAUAUCAGGGACUUCAACAUCCCAAGAAUCCUUACUCAUAACUAUGCUUUGGAAAAUCUUUACAUACAAGUAGAUAAUAAUCAGAUCGAUCUUGGCAAAGAAAUGACUGGUUCAUUGCCUUCGAAGCUAAACAAUAUCACUAUAACUGGAAGAGCUUUGAAGUUCCUGUCACAGAAUGUUUUAAGUGGUGUGAUGUCCCAAACCAUGACAUUAACAAUCUACAAUACCAGCAUCGAGGAAAUUGAAGGCGAAGUAUUUUGGAAGCCAGGUCGCAUAGAGAACUUGACUCUGGACCUAAGAGACAAUUUCAUCACCAGAGCUCCUAACCCUGCGAAGAACGAAUGGCCCGGUGUUCCCAAUUCAUUGUUCCUCAAAGAUAUAUUCGUUGCAGGGAAUCCACUUAAUUGUGACUGCCGUAUUGGGUGGAUUCAGGCAUGGGAUCGUAAGAGAAGGCAAUAUCUAUGUGACAGUCCGUCAGAGUGUAUAGCAACGAGGGACGAUGUGCGGUUUGCAAAAUGCCCGUCGCACUAUAACAGGACUUUUAGCGAUGUUAUUGCAAAAGAUCUGGAUUGCAGUUGGAGCAAAGGAUUUUGGAACUCACCUAAUUUCUUCGUUGUCAUAAUAGUGGCAGCUCUAACGUGCCUCUAUAUUUGAGGGUUAUUUUGGCUUCUGAAAAUCUCUGAAGAAUUCCAUAUAGUUUUGGCAAAAGUGUACGGAAGUGAUUAGAUUCUGAUGAGUUACACAAGCUAAGCAAAAUGAUUUUUAACUAAACCUAACACAAGUAAGAAGCAACUGAAUUGACAGCUGAAAACCUAAUUAUUUUUUGACGCUCAUUGCAUAGUCCAACAAAUAAGAUUAAAAUCAAUACGAUUUUUUCAUAAAACGUUAUAUUACUUUUUACUUAAAGCCUGUAUGUGGCGUUAAGCUUAGGUAAAAAUCAGCUUGUGAAGAAAUGAAAAUAAAUGAAGAAACAUGAGUGAGACGAUGAAUAUGAGAUAUGUCAUCAACUCCUUAUAUUGUACCUGUCAAGUGGCCUACUCGAUUGUUUCGAGACUAUACUGAAUAGCCAAAUACUAGUUAUUGUAGUGAUUUUAAAGGGUCGACGGAGAAUUAUGGAAGAUGUUCGUGAAUUUUGCAAAUUAAAUGAGAGACUUGAUUAUAAAGAAUCACGUGGAAGCCUACUAAUUUAAUUGUGAUUUAUCAAUAUUCUGAAAGCGAAGUGUGAUCUCAAUGGAUUGUUUAUAUAAAGUUACCGUUUAAUAAUAAAAAUUGGAUUUUUAUGUUUAUGUACCUUAUCGUUUUCCCCCCGGCAUAGGAAUAAUUUUAAAGUUUUAAUUAUUAUUAUGAUUUAUUGUUGUUUUAAGGGAUGUAAUAAUACAUGAAAUAAUUAUGUUUUAUGUAUUUUUUUUACAGUGAAUUUUUGUAAUCUUUUCACGCUGUAUUGAAAUCAAAUAAGCAUUGGGAGUGAAGUGCACUUAACGUGAUUCAGUCGUAAUUUGAACUUACCAACAAGUUCAUCGUAAGCAAUGACUUUCUAUAAAUCGUCUGAAUAGACUGCAUUCGCUCGAAUGACAUGUGUUCGUCCAUUGUUAAGAUUAAUAUUAUUUAUAUGUGUUUGUGUAUUAGGAUGAUCAUCAAUCAUUAUUUCAUCCAUCGACUUAUUAUUCUAUGUAAAUUUAUGGCCCGAGUGGAUUGAGUUAAUUAUGAAAAGGUGCUUGAUAAAACUUGUAGGCUCCACAAGAAACGAUAGAAAACUGGGUUGUUUAAACUCUUGACAUUUCUUGUAUAUCAUGUUCUUUCACAAUGUCAUGUUUUAAAAAAAAGUAGAGUAAGAUAAAGAGUAUGUUAAACUAAACCACUUUGCCGAUCCGUCAGUGAUUCUCGGGUAAUAAUUAAUUGUAAUGUUCUAAAAUUUCAAUUUUAAUUAAAAAAAAAUCUAUAAUAUAAGCUGUAUAAGGUUGUAUAUGUACACACAUACAUUGUUGAAUAUAAAAGAAAUGUGCGAGAACACCACCAAUUUGAUAUAUCGUGAAAUCACUAGAUAAUGAGCGUCUUGAAGCACCUUUUCUGCUUGUUUAUCAAGCACCCCACAAAUAUUACUAACGCCGUCUCAAUACAUUAUUUCACGAGUGACUUAAAAUCAGAAUAUGUAAUUGUAGCUACUAUUUCAAAAAAAACUCUUUUUGUGUCAUCAUCGAAUAUAUUUCAUAGUAUAUACAAAAUGCUUUACCUAUACACUAUUGACAAAUCGUACUUUUACGCAGAGUCUAUCUUAAAUAAAAUUGCUUUAAAUGUG